UCUGUGUCAUUGAAGUUAUGUAUCUUAAAACCUUUCACCUAGUUGGAUCGUUGGUAGUCAGAUUCAUGUUCUAGAACGGGACAGUUUGUGAACGGUUCGUUCCAAGACCCUCAAAGGAUACUACAUAAACUUCAAUCGCCUUACAAAAUGUCCCGAGCCGCUGACAGACUGAAAGUGUUCCUGAAUCAUCUGGAUCGGUCAUCUUUUAUUCAAGCGUCAUCGACUUCUGGACAAAACGUUGCAUAUUAUCACCCACAAGCUCUCAGGUACACGCUCGACAAUGACCUUCUGACCCCAGACCAAAGGAUCUCCUAUGAGGAAAAUGGCUUUGUCCUCAUCAAGAAUCUGGUGUCUGAUGAGGAUAUUGACAGAUUCAGGAGGGCGUUUGAGAGGAUCUGCAGGAGAGAGGUGCAGGUCCCAGGGUUGGUGGUGAUGAGGGAUGUGGCCAUCUCCAGGUCAGAGUUCGUCCAGGACCAGAAGGCCGUGUCCAAGUUGCAGGACUUCCAGGAAGACUCAGAGCUCUUCCGCUACUGCUCCCUGCCCCAGAUCCUGAAGUUUGUGGAGUGUUUCACUGGACCCAACGUCAUGGCCAUGCACACCAUGCUGAUCAACAAGCCCCCAGAUGCAGGCAAGAAGACAUCCCGCCACCCCAUGCACCAGGACCUACACUACUUCCCCUUCCGGCCGGCGGACCGCAUCGUGUGUUCCUGGACCGCCAUGGAGCGGGUGACGAGGCAGAACGGCUGUCUGGUGGUGCUGCCCGGAACACACACUGGCAUCCUCAAGGAACAUGACUACCCAGAGUGGGAGGGUGGGGUGAAUAAGAUGUACCACGGCAUCCGAGACUUUGACUCCCAGCAUCCCAGAGUGCACCUGGAGAUGGAGAAGGGAGACACAGUGUUCUUCCACCCUCUCCUCAUCCACGGCUCUGGCAUGAACCAGACACAGGGCUUCCGCAAGGCCAUCUCUUGCCACUACGCCAGCUCAGACUGCUACUACAUCGAUGUGAAGGGGACUACACAGGAGAACAUUGAGAAGGAGGUGAAGGAGAUCGCAGCCAGGAAGUAUGACAUUGGCGACAGCAUCACCUUCCAGGACACCUGGGCAGUCAGGGGUCGUCUGGUGCAAGGUGAUAGGACAUCUCUGUGAUAGAGCCCGCCCACCAUAGCGGGACAGCCACUCACAGAUGUUUCUGUCAGCAAAUCAGAAGUGUUUCAGUGAUUGGGAUAGACUUGAGAAGAGAUGAAAAAGGGACAUUUAAUCUCAACCUUAACAAAAGUGGAAGACGUUUGCCAUAUAAUACUAAAAAAGAACAGUGAGUGAGACAGGUAUCAGUCGAAGUGUGUAGCAUGAUAAUUCAAAGAUUUAUCUUUCAUAAAUAAGAGUAUGUUUUAGUACACUUUAGAAAUCGGAGGUACUGUGUUGAUUAGAACAGUUCAACAGAGACUCGAGAAACGAAUGCCUUAAUGUUGAAGAAUCAUAAAGCACUUACAUUGAUACUGUUGCCUUAAUUGUCAUAUUUCUAAUCUUUAAUCUAGAUGCUUUUUAACCAGGUCCCAUAACCCUGUGUUUGUAUGAGUAAUAAAGAGACUAAUUAUAAAA